UUGACAUAGAUCUCUAUUUAGUUUGUGGUUUUGACGUUCUUUCUUUCGUUCAUCUUCUUGUAUUGAAGAGGGGAUUUUCACGUUGCAAAUUGAAACCAAGCGUAUUGGUCGCCAAACAGAAUAUUACAAUUAAAAAUCAAUCUACAGCUGCCAAUCUGGAGGUACUACCAGCGACUCGAGAGGACGCUAAUAUGACGUCCGUGGCCAGGAGACAAGAACAAGAUGACUCUGGCGAGUAUUCUGAUGCUUCUCAGGAUGUCGAGCACAGCAACUCGGGAAACGAUGGUGGUCAGCACGAGUCUGAUUAUGACUCGCAGGGGAGUGAGUCUGACCACUCUGAGAGGGAUCCGGAGAAUCAGGAGACCGAACGUCGUGUGGAUGACGACGAAGACCGGAGCAACCCACAGUACAUACCGAAACGCGGUACUUUCUAUGAACAUGACGACCGGACUGCGGCCAGCGGUGAAGAAACCACUAAUACGACAUCGGAGACGCCCUCGGAGAAGAAGGAAGGCAGCGAGACGCCCGCCGAGCGCCGCCGCCCUCCGCGCAAGUCUGACGUCAUAAACAAGUGGUCGCAUGACAAGUACAAUGAGAACGAACAGAUGCCGAAGUCUCGCGAUGAGCUGGUAGCUAUAUACGGCUACGAUAUUAGGAAUGAGGAUGCACCGCCCCAUGCUAGACGUAAUAGGAGAUAUGGCCGCGGCCCCAACAAGUACACUCGCACUUGGGAGGACGAGGAGGCAUACAGACGCCAGAAUGCGCAGGCGCAGCCGAGGAAGCCGCCCAACCCUGAGGAUUUCCCUGAACUUGACUCCGCUAAUAAAUAUAGCAACAAGAAACGGCCGCCCCGCCCCCGCUCGAAGUCUCAGCCUCCUUCUAACGAAUCAUCAGAGAACGGUUCCCAGCAGCUGAGGAGAAACGCUUCCAUCAAGACUCCUAAAGCUAAAACUGAAAGGCCUAAGCCUAACAACAGGGUCGUCGCUAACAACAACAACAACAACAACAACAGUAAGCCAACAGCGAAACAGCCUACCAAAGAGAAGUUGCCCGCCAUAGAGAAUUUGACAAUUACCGCUACCGUUUUUAAUAACAGUCAAGGUCAAAACCAGCGGAAGGUCAACACUGUGGCCCAGCAGCGGCCCGUGCCCACGGACCAGAGGAAACCGGCGCCCAAACCGCAGCAAAACCAACCGCCGAGUAACUCCGCCCCGAACAAAUCCCCACCACAGACAGCACAGCAAAAGCCUACAGCACAGCAGAAUAAUCAACCACCUGCUUCAGGGCCAGAAUCCCGCGGUGGCAGCAAACGCUACAGCAGCCUGCGACAACGGCCAUUGGCCGAGACGUACUCACCGCAACAACAACAACAGCAACAAACGCAACAACAGCAACAAUCGCAACAACUGCCGGCCCCGCAACAACAACAACAACAACAGCCGCAACAACAGCCGAUUAGAUACAAUGAGUACCCGGCCAAUUCACAAUCCGGAACGCAGCACCAAGGCAGCCCUGUGCCGCAGAUACACCCGCAACAGCUUAUACACCAGCAGGUGCACCGCGGCGCGCAGCCGCACGGCCCGUCGCCGCCGCACGCGCUGCCCGCGCACGCGCAGCAGGUGAGACUAGGAAUAAUGGAGCAGCAACAACUGGUCUCACAUCCACAUCACCAGCUGCACAAUAUGCCGCAGCCGCACACAAUGGGACAAUUACAACCCGCUCAAGGCUACGCCCCACCAGCGAUGAUGCCGGCGCAAUAUAUGCAGCCGCCAUCACAAACUGGAAACAGCGGCGUGAUGUGCAGCCCACUGUACCCGCAGCCCACGCCUCCUUACCCGCAUCAAGUGUACCCGCAUCAUAACUAUGCGACCCAAGCCGGUGGAGUGACAUAUUACAGUUGCGCGGAACAGGAGCAGCUGCCAAGGGCUCAGCGGCGACCAACCGCCGCCAUUCCUAUUGUGCGGCCGCACACUGACAGGCCGGCGAAUUCAUCAGAAAAGGACAAUAUAGAUAGGAUUGUUGAGAAUAUGUUCGUGAGGAAGCCAUGGCCCGCCACGCACGGCGCUGAUUCCAAAGAGAAACCACAGACAGAGAACCGCAGUUCCCAAGAGCCACAGAGCAAAGAGUCGUCACAACCGAACAGUUUAACGUCGAGCUCAAUUUCCACAGAUUCAAAACCCUCCGAGAAUAAAGAGGUUGAGGAACCGAAAGAGGUUGAACAAAAAGACGACGAGAGUAUCACGACGGAUGCCUGACUGGUAAGAAUAAGAUAUUACGAGAAAUAUCAAGCGAGGUACUAUAGUGGGAGGUAAUUUUGUUUAAGGGACGGUCACACUUGAGUCAUUUUUUUAGUUAAGGCAACAUUGUUGUUGUAUGUUACACGGAAGUAUGAACUAACUGGCAGUCACAUUUAGUUUCCAAAAUCCAUAAAGGAAAAAAGAACUAUAUUGUUUUUUUUGUUUUUGUGUUCCAUAAGCAGGAAUUUGAAUCAUUUAGUCCAAUUAGAGAUAAUUUUUCUUUUCUUAGCUGUGACAGUUGAGUUUGCCAGUUUCGAGUUAUAGUCAGUCAUCAUUUUAGAUAAAUGGUCGAGUAAUAGCUGGGAGUGCUUUACUUCGCCCUUUCUCAGGACUUUUUUGGGACACCACUCUUGUUGACUUGUCUACAAACACUAAAUAAUCAUUAAUCCACACUUGUAAAUCAUUAAAAGUGGAUCAGACAGACAUACAUUUUAUAAAAAAAAAUUACAGCACAAACAAUAUGAUUUUUUUUUCAUUAUGAAUUUUAAUUUAGGAGUUUGACUCACAUGUUAUAAUAUUUGUACUUCCGUGAACUGUAUUUAUAUAGUGGAGAAUCAAAUUAUCUGUUGUAAAGUAACAAAAACAAGAUGUCGAAAUUAAAAACAAAUCUAUAAUCCCAUAAGUCAUGAAUUUCGUUCAAUAGUUCAUGGUGAAUAAUCAGACGCAGAUGAUUUUGUUCUUUUUUUAUAAUUAAAAUAUAUAAAGUUGUAUGUGUUAAGUGACAACGAUAUAAUAUAAAAAAAUAAUAUUUUUCGAACAAAAUAUAUGUAUAAUAUUUCUUAAGUUUCCCAAAAUAAAUAUAUAUUCUCAACUUUACUAAAAAAAUGUCUUAUAAAUUUGAUAUCUCAUUUAUUUUAAAGAAACAUAUUUUAUUUAAAAAAAAUGAAAGAAUAGUUCCUCUAAAUCUGAAAUAAACUCGUCAUUUCCCAUACUAAUUCCAAUAUAGAGAGAGAAACGGAAUCUAAGAGAAAAUUUUUGUGAAUGACCUUUCAACCUUCGUCAAUAGGUUGGGAGUAGCUCCCGUUAUCUUAUAGUUCGGAUGUGAGCACGUUACCUAAGAUGCCAUAAAGGCUGACUAAUUUAUUGAAGUUUAAUUAAUUAAAAAAAAAUAAUUUUAAAUUCAAGCAGUGCAUUUUGGUAUGAGGGUAAACUGUCACAAGUAUUUAAAAAAGGAAUGUUGUUUUAAUUUUAGAAUAGUAUCUAGAUAUUUCGAUGUGUGAUCGUCCUGACUUCUAAGUGUUCUAAAUUUAAAUUUAGGCUGUGUUCUUAUCUGUGUAGGCUAUAAAUCAAAUUUUUAUCCUUUAACGUAUGUAUUGAUGUUAAACCUUACUACUUCUGUGUUAAGGUUAAAUUUUAGAUGAUCCAACUGUCCUUCAAGAUUUUAAAACAUAGUUAAAGAAUUUUAAAUGAAAAUAUUGUAGAAUUUCUUGUGAGAAAUCAAAAUAUUUUUACAGAUUUUAUACAACACAACCAAAAUUUUGUAUUUCCUGGCCUAAAACAUUAAUUGAGAUCAUAAGUUUUCCGAUACAUCAACAAUUAUUCAUAGUUUUUUGUAUGAAGUGUUAACAUAUUUUCUGUGGUUUGACCCAAGCUCUAGGCGUAAAGUUCACUUGUGAAAAUUACUUGUUGAUACAUUGGGUCUCCAAAAGUUAAACCUUUUUUGUUAUAACCUCAAAUCUAUAAAUAUAUCACAAUACUAUGUUGUACCUGUGUGUUCAUAUUUAUUCAUUGGUUGUAUCAUAAGUACAGUUAAGACAUAGUUUCAAUUUUUUUUUGUAUACAUAAUAUACUUCCUGCGAAAUUUGAAGAUCUCAUGUAUUUUUUUUUUCAAAAAUGGCGUCGUUUUUGUUUAAACAAAAAUCAUAUUACUAAAGGCAAAAUUAAAACGAAAAUGUUUUUAAUAUUAAUAGAUUAAGAAUCAAAAUUACCAAUGUUCUUUUCUUAAUAUUUGAAAGUUGAUGUUUCGUUGUUAAGAUACAUACAUUUUACACAAUCCUUCCGGCGUCGGAGACAUGAGGAAGCCUGCACAUUCAGGCAACUGAAUGUGUAAUCAUGAUCCAAUGCGUGAUAAUUUCCUUUGCCAAGGUUGCGGAGGUCAGACGUGAGUCGAUUCGUAUAAUAACCUGACUCACACAAUACCAGGAUCCUGAUCUGAGCUGAUGAGGAUAUAACCUGGACUAACGCCGGGAGGAAGAAGAAGACUUUGACUUUACUAUAUCAUAUACAUAUGUUACCUACACAUAAUAGCAAAUACAAUAGAACUUGGGUUCUAUGUAAACUCAAAAUACUUACAUGAAUAACGUCAAUCGAUGUCUCAAGUUAGAAAAGGACAGCUAUGUUUUUGUUGUUUUCGAUUCAUAAGUGUAAAUUUUAUAAUGUAAUGAGAGUUUGCGUGUUGGGAAUUGUGUUAUUUGUCUCUAAGUAUCUUAAAGAAAGCAUACCGAUACAGAUUAUAUUAUUUGAAAGAAAAAGAACUUUUUUUUUAUUUUAAAAUUGUGAUACAGAAAUCUGAAACUGCGAUCAUUAUGAAAUUGUGUUUUCUUUGAGAUUGCUAAAAUAGAAUUAUAACUUGACGACAUUAUGAAAAGGAAUCUUAUAAUAUCCAACUAGGUACUUAGAUCUUUUUAAAUUGUCGGGUCUGUUACCGAAAAUCUGUGCGUUGUAUUUUUAUUUUUAAAUUAAAAGUUCCAAAUAUACUGCAUAGAUACUUUUAUUUUUAGAGAAUGGACUUAGAUAAAUCAAUCUUUAGUAAUAUAGAUUAUGACAUAGUGUCUUUAGAAAUAAAAGUAUCAAAAUAAAUUAUCUAUUCUAUUCACGUGUGUUGUAUACGAAUGCGUAUACCGCUUUAAUUGUAAAUAUCAAUAAAUUAGGAAGAAUGAAAGUGUUAACUUAUAAUUUCCACCUAACUCUAAAAUUUGUUAGAAAUACAUAUGCUGCCAAUUAGUAGCUGAAUUGAUCAACCUUUUUUUUAUAUUUAUGCAGGUAACAGUAACGAAAGAAUUUUUUUUUUAUAUUCAAAGUUUAUUCCGUAUUCGAAUAUAUUUCAAAAUUAAACUACUUAAUUUUUGAAUCGAACGCAAUGUGGAAGAGUGUGCAUAAAGUUACUGCAUAAUUUAAAAAAAAAUAUAUAAAAAUAUGUCGUAUAUUAAUCGUCGCAUUUUCUAAGUAUUUUUUUUUAAACAAGUGUCUCAAUCAGAUUUUAUCGAGCAUCCUAACAAUUUGAAAUGAGUUAACAGUAUCAUGAUGAGACGCUAUAUAAAUGUUUUUGCCAAUUAUUAAUUAAUUCUCAGAUUAUAAAAUUAAUAUGAACAUUGAUACUGACUAUAUCAUAAAAGGUUAGGUUUUCGUCUGGCGCGAUAAUACAUCUUUGUUUUUGAAUGACGUAAUGGAUAAAAAUCUAUAAUAGCUUUUCCGACAUUAUUAUUACCGUUUUAAAUGAGGUAUUUAAUAUGACAUUUUUACCGUAGCGUGAAAAGAUCUUAUGUAACGUUUUCAAAAUCUGAUUGUAAAAAACAAAUGACGACGAUAAAUAAUUUAAAGCAAGUACGGCUUUGAAUAAAAAGAGCACUGUUUUGAAGAAUUAUUUUCAAAGUAUGUAUAAUUUUACAACUUAUAUUUGAAAGGACGCUGAUUCGACAGCCUUCUGUUUUCUUUGUAAGUGCAAAUGGGAACUGCUCUUUUCGUCAAAUCCGUGAAAAAUUGCUCGUGGUAAUCAAGCAACAAUUUUUUUUUUCAACUAGUCCUUUUUAUAAGUAUCGUGGGCCCCAAAUUGGAGCUUAUUAAAAUGAAUAUGGUUAUGAAUCACUCAAUUAUUACUACUGGCAAUAAGCAAUUGAGUUUAAAGGGUAUUUUGUAUAAAAAAUAGAAGAAAAUUAAAAAAAAAAUAUGCUUUUGUAACUAAGUUGGUUAUUUAUUAAAUAAGUAAAUCUCGAAAAC